CCUGUGGCGAUCUCCUCUCCUCCUGCGCGUGGAAACAGGAGGAAAAAACAUGCCAAGUCGGGUCAGCGUCGCGAUUUUGCGGUUUAAUUGUGUUUUCUUUCUGGCUGCGAGCCACGUCAAGAGCUCUGAACCGGACUACCUCUUUCCAGACACAGAACAAGACCUCUUGAUCAAGCAACACUCUGAAUUUUAUGUGGAUCACCCUGAAAAAGUGGACGCGAAUGGAAAAUUCAUCUCAUACGCCUUAUCACAUCACUUCACUAAAAUGCGGCAUAAGAGGGACCUAAUUUCAGCGGAGAGGCGGGUGUAUUACAAACUCAACUACAAAGGUCGGGAGUACACUCUCAAUCUAACCACUAAUGACAACCUCUUCGCUAAUAGUUUAAUGGAAAAGUGGCCACAAACAUCUGGGAACGGUGCCUGUCACCUUCUUGGCACAGUAACGGUGGAUAACAUGCCAAGUAUAAUCCGGACCGCUGCUAUCAGCACCUGUGAGGGACUGAGAGGGCUGUUAAAUUUACCAGAGGGGCCGUUAUUGAUCGAGCCGGUCCGUGGCCUUACUCCAAAUGUCACUCAUCCUCGACACCCACAUGUGAUCUACCGGAGUUUAACCUGGAGCGCUCUCAGGCGGCGACGCAGCACAGACACGCACAGCGUUCACUAUAGUCCCUGCGGUGUCAAAGAUGGUUCCAAGUAUUCCCAACAGGUGGAGCAGGAGAGAGAGCGCUGGGAGCAGGAACAGCAGGGUGACCAAUGGGGUCGACCUCGGAGGAUCUCCCCUCGCUCCAUCAGCAAAGAGCGCUGGGUGGAGACCAUGGUGGUGGGCGACUCCAAACUCGUGGAGUACCACGGAAGUGGGAACGUUGAGUCCUACAUCUUUACCAUCAUGAACAUGGUGGCUGGGAUUUUUCACGAUGCAAGCAUCGGUAACGCAGUCCAUAUCAUAUUGGUCCGGCUCAUUCUGCUACAGAGAGAGGAAAAAGGGCUGAAGAUCGCUCACCACGCUGAUACGACUCUCAACAGCUUCUGUGCAUGGCAGAAAAACCUCAAUCCUCAAAGUGACACUCAUCCUGCACACCAUGAUGUUGCUAUACUCAUCACACGGAAGGAUAUCUGCGCAGGCAUGAAUCAGCCGUGUGAGACGCUAGGCUUGUCUCACCUGUCAGGCAUGUGCCAGCCACAUCGCUCCUGCAAUAUCAACGAGGACUCGGGGCUACCGGUCGCUUUCACCAUCGCUCAUGAGCUUGGACACAGUUUCGGAAUCCAACAUGACGGUCAAGGGAAUGACUGUGAGUUAGUGGGGAGACAUACCUUCAUCAUGUCCCGCCAGCUCCACUACGACUCCUCUCCUCUCACCUGGUCCUCCUGCAGCAAGGAGUACAUAACCCGCUUUCUCGAUCGUGGUUGGGGUUUCUGUCUGGAUGACCGUCCGUCUAAGAAGGGCCUCAGCGCCCCGGGGGCGGCACCUGGAGUGCGAUACACACCCCAGCACCAGUGCCAGCUGCAGUACGGGCCCAACGCCACCUUCUGCUCAGAAGUGGAUAACGUGUGUCAAAUUCUGUGGUGCUCUAUAAACGGGACGUGCCGCUCCAAACUGGACUCACCAGUCGACGGAACCAAGUGUGGACCUGAUAAGUGGUGUAUCUCUGGUGAGUGUGUCAUCGUAGGGAAGUUACCGGAAACAGUGCAUGGAGGGUGGGGUCCCUGGAGCACCUGGUCCUUCUGCUCUCGGACCUGUGGAGCCGGCGUCCAGUCCGCAGACAGGGAAUGCAACAAGCCUAAACCUGAGUUUGGAGGGAAGUAUUGUACGGGUGAGCGGAAGCGCUACAGGAUUUGCAACACGAAGCCGUGUGCCAGAAAACGGCCCUCCUUUAGAGAGAUGCAGUGCAGUGAAUUUAACACUGUGCCUUACCACAAUGAACUCUACGAGUGGAUACCGGUUGCUGUCACCUCGCGUCCAUGCGAGUUGCACUGCAAGCCUGUGGAUGAGGACUUUUCUGAGAAGAUGUUGGAUGCGGUCAUAGAUGGAACGCCCUGCUUCAUGAUCAACAACAGCAGGAACGUCUGUGUCAAUGGUGUGUGCAAGGAGGUGGGUUGUGAUUUUGGCAUUAAUUCUAAUGCUAAAGAGGACAGCUGUGGCGUUUGUCUCGGUGAUGGAUCCACUUGUGAGACGGUGAAGGAGAACUUUGUGAAGCUAGAUGGAUUUGGUUACAUGGACCUGGUUUUGAUUCCUAAGGGAGCUCGGGAUAUCUUCAUACAGGAAGUAGAAGAGGCUGGGAAUUUCCUUGCGAUCCGAGCGGCUGAUUCAGAUGAGUAUUACCUCAAUGGGAAUUACAUCAUUCAGUGGAACGGAGAGUAUGAGGCAGGCGGCACAAAGUUUUACUACGAUCGGAGCGGAAAUAUGGAGAAUCUCACCUCUGCAGGACCAACAACUGAACCUGUCCGGAUCCAGUUGUUGUUCCAAGAGCUGAAUCCUGGUGUCAAAUAUGAGUACACCAUUAAGAGGAGUCGCCCGCUGGGGAACGAUAUUCUGGAACCUGAAUAUAUCUGGAAAUACGGAGCCUGGACUGACUGCAGCACCACCUGUGGGCUUGGUGAGCAGCAUCAACCUGUGCGCUGUUUCGAGGCAGAGGUUGGCGUGGUUGAAGAAACACUGUGUGACCCCAGUACCCGUCCUGAUGACAAUCAUCGCAAGUGCAAGAACAUGGACUGCCCUGCAAGGUGGUGGUUGGGAGGAUGGCAGACAUGCUCGGCUACGUGCGGUCCCGCCGGAGUGAGAAAGCGCACCAUUCUGUGUGUGCGCACGGUGGUCGGAGAGGAACGCGUUCUGCACCCUGGGGACUGUAAGCAUCUCCCCAAAUCCAAAACUGUGUUACCUUGCAACCGAGAUGUACCGUGUGGGUCAGAAUGGACUGUGGGGAACUGGAGUGAGUGCUCUCUGUCUUGUAAUGGAGGAAUACAGUCCAGAACCGUCAAGUGCGUUGCAAAACAACCCAGCCAGUGCAACCCUUCCAGUCGACCUCGUUCCACAAACUUCUGUAACCUCCAGAGCUGCAGACCACGAUUCAGACCUAGAGUCCCUCCUAAAACCCCAACGCAAGCCCCCGGGACCCAAACACCAGGAUAUAGCACCACUAUCGUGCCUCCAAACACCUCUACUCCCAUUACAACACACACCAACACAUCCACAACAUCUGACAUCAUCCAUGAAGAUGACCGAGAAUUUAUCUUGGUGAGGGAUGUUCACGAAGACAAUGAUGGUCCCUCAAAUACUAAAAACCGGGGAGCUCCUGAGGACGAGGAGGGAAGCACAGACCUGCAGCCUCCGGAUAAAAGCUACACAACGGGUUACGAUUACAUAGUAGAAGAUCCAACCGGAGAAGAAAGAGCACGUGAUGAUGAUAUGUUUACCAGCACUCCUGAAGAAGUCCCCACAUCCACUGUCCGACCAACCACAACCCGGGCACCAAUGCAUACUAUCAUUGAUACCUCUACCAGUAGAACCCAAUACAUUGAUCUCACAACUCAAACUAGCCCAUUUGAACGAAAUACCACCCCAAAACCCAAAGUGCCACAUUUAAAUACUCCUAGUCCCCAAGCAACUUUUCCUACAGUGAAGAUACUCAGGAAGGCCUCACAAACACCGAAAGGUCCCAACAAAGGCAAGGCGCCUAAAGCUCUCAGACACAGGAACACCACCGAUGACUAUGGGAACCUGAAUGCACGAGAUCCCAUCAGAAGGAGUGCAUUUUGGGAAGUUGGAAACUGGAGUGAUUGCUCCACUUCGUGUGGUCUUGGAGCGGUGUGGCGGUCUGUAACCUGCAGCUCAGAGCGUGAGGAAGAUUGUGCCAGUGUGAAGAAGCCAGAACCUGCCCGACGAUGCAACCUGCGACCCUGCGCCAUCUGGAGGAGUGGUAACUGGACCAAGUGUCCUGAAGGCUGUGUGACUGAUAUGAAGCAUCGAGAAGUGCAGUGCAUCGACACUCAGAGCGGACGUCCAUUGAGGCCGUUUCACUGUCAGGCUCUUUCAUACAAACCCCCCAGCAGUCUCCCCUGCACCAGCCGGCCCUGCCUGCAGUGGACCUACUCGCCCUGGGGAGAGUGCUCUAAAAGUUGUGGGCAGGGAGUGAAGGAAAGGCUUGUGCACUGCCCCGAGUAUCAGCGCUGUAACGUCACGCUCAAACCCCCCAGCACCGAGUCCUGUCGUCUGCAGCCCUGCACCGCCUGGGAGACUGAAGCCUGGGCUCCGUGCUCCAGAAGUUGUGGUGGAGGGGUUCAGAAGAGAUCGGUGAGGUGCGUGAACCAGGAAUCCGGGGAGGAAGAAAAGACGUCACUGUGUGCACAUAACAAUAAACCUGACAGUGUGAAGAACUGCAACCCAGAGGAGUGUAAAACUGAUUUAGGUCUGGUUUGCAAGAAAAACAGCAUGUCGACACGUUUCUGUGAGAAGCUCAAGCUGCUGGGUCGCUGCUCCCUGCGCUCCAUCCGCAAGCAGUGUUGUGUCACUUGUAUGAUGUAACACUUGCAGAGGUCAGGUUUGGGUCAUCUCAUCAAACUACUGGACUUGCUGCAGGCAGGGUUCACGGUGCUCUAGAAAUGCAGACGUCCCUCUCAAAUAUAUGAAAAUACGAGGUUUUUACUUGAACAAAGAAUCCUGGACAUGUUUCCUUCCAUUUUUUUUUCAAAGUGCAUCCGGACACAUCAAGCUUUAGUUACAGGAUUCAUCAUCAGUUAGACAGGUAACCUAUAAAUUGUUUUUUGCACUCAUUCU